AUCCUUUUUCCUCUCUCUCUCUCUCUCUCCUCAACUUUCAUAUUUAGUCAGUUUCAGAAAUCCAACAAACGUUCACUCGCUUGCAUCUAUGAAUCUGAAUAUGAGCUCAGCGGAGUCGCUGGUGGCUCAAAUCCAGGGGCUAUCGGGAAACCUCGCCGACCUUACUCAGCUUCGCAACUACUUGAAGCAGUCCGACGAUUCGCUCCACCUCGAGUCCACUCGCCUCGCUCCUCUGCUCAACGAACUUGAUCCGUCGCUCCAUUCCCUUGGCUAUCUCUAUAUUUUGGAGGCCUGCACGUCUUGUCCGAUCGCAAAAGAGCAAGCCAAUGAGUUCGUGCUUUUGGUAGCCAGGUUUAUGAAUGUGUGUGCAGCAGAGCAAAUCCGUUUGGCAUCUGAUAAAUUUAUAUCUCUUUGUAAAAGGUUCAAGGACCAAGUUAUGUUGCUUGAGGACCCCAUGCGUGGUGUGGCUCCAAUGCUGGCUGCUCUGCGCAAACUUCAGACAUCCACUGAACAGCUAACAACUUUACAUCCCGACUUUCUUCUUCUCUGUUUACUGUCAAAGUGCUAUAAAACAGGUCUUUCCAUUUUGGAGGAUGACAUAUUUGAGGUUGAUCAGCCUCGUGAUCUUUUUCUGUAUUGUUAUUAUGGGGGUAUGAUCUGCAUAGGACAAAAGCAGUUUCGCAAAGCUUUGGAGCUCCUCCAUAAUGUUGUAACUGCACCUAUGCCUAUAAUUAGUGCUAUAGCAGUUGAAGCAUACAAAAAGUACAUUCUGGUUUCUCUAAUUCAUCUUGGACAGUUUUCUACCAGUUUGCCGAAGUAUACUUCUUCAGCUGCUCAAAGGAAUCUAAAGAACUUUUCCCAGCCGUACAUUGAAUUGGUUAUUAGUUAUAGUAAUGGAAAAGUAUCAGAGCUUGAAAUGUGCGUUCAGACGAACAAGGACAAGUUUGAAACUGACAAGAAUCUUGGGUUGGUGAAGCAAGUAGUGUCUUCCAUGUAUAAACGCAAUAUCCAGAGGUUGACUCAGACAUACCUGACUCUCUCCCUUCAAGAUAUUGCUAAUACAGUCCAACUAAGUAGCCCCAAAGAGGCUGAGAUGCAUGUACUUCAGAUGAUUCAAGAGGGUGAAAUUUAUGCUACAAUCAACCAGAAGGAUGGAAUGGUUAGAUUCCUUGAGGAUCCUGAGCAAUACAAAACCUGUGAGAUGAUUGAACGCAUUGACUCCUCAAUCCAGAGGAUUAUGAUGCUCUCUAAGAAGCUAACAACCAUGAAUGAAGUGAUGUCAUGUGAUCCUUCUUACCUAGGAAAGGUCGGAAGGGAGCGCCAGAGAUUUGAUUUUGAUGAUUUUGAUACUGUUCCGUCAAAAUUCAAUAUAUGAGACGAGUUAUGCCAGUCUUGUAAUGGCAUUUGAUGUGGAUUAGUGAGUUUUGUUUAGCGAAAAAGACUUGUUUCACUUUCUCUUGUGGUGAAUGAUGCACACACAAAACUUCUAUACUCGCCUAAUGGUAUACGAGUGAGGGAGUAACUCUUUGUAAAGCUGAAAUUGUUAGUUAUACUUUUAUUAACAUCACAAUCGGAGGCACAAAUGCGAAAUCCGCUUGAUUAGGCAUUGCUUCAGAAAAAAGGAUGUGUAAGGACUAUAUGUACUCGCGUUCUGUAUCACCCUCAAGCCUCAGUGCAUCCUGGCUCCUA